CAGACAUCCGUGUUACCAGCCUUGUCGUGGCCCUUCAGGGAAAAUCUGAACUUUCGCCUAAAAGACUGAGGAGGAGUGCCUGCGAAAGGUCAAGAAUAUACCAUCAUGGGUAUGAGUAGCUUGAAAUUACUGAAGUAUGUACUGUUUUUCUUCAAUUUGCUUUUUUGGUUCUGUGGAUGCUGCAUUUUGGGCUUUGGGAUUUACUUUCUGGUCCACAACAGCUUCGGAGUGCUCUUCCAUAAACUCCCUUUCCUCACGCUGGGCAAUGUGCUCAUCAUUGUGGGCUCCAUUAUUAUGGUGGUUGCCUUCCUUGGCUGCAUGGGCUCCAUCAAAGAGAACAAGUGCCUGCUUAUGUCGUUUUUUGUCCUGCUGUUGAUUAUCCUCCUUGCUGAGGUGACCUUGGCUAUCCUGCUCUUCCUGUAUGAACAGAAGCUGAACAGAUAUGUGGCUGAGGGCCUGGCUGACAGUAUGAAACGUUACCAGUCGGACAAUAGCACUAGGGCAGCGUGGGAUUCCAUUCAGUCAUAUCUGCAGUGUUGCGGUAUAAAUGGCACAAAUGAUUGGCUCGAAGGUCCACCAUCAUCUUGCCCCUCAGACCCACAAGUAAAGGGUUGCUAUAUGAAAGCAGAGCUGUGGUUUCAAUCCAAUUUCCUGUAUAUUGGAAUUAUCACUAUCUGUGUGUGUGUGAUUCAGGUGUUAGGAAUGUCUUUUGCACUGACCCUAAACUGCCAGAUUGAUAAAACCAGUCAGGCUUUAGGACUAUGAUCUACUACUAUGCUGUGCUGGAGAGACUGACUUCAUCUCUCUGAAAAUCUAAAAUCAUCAGCCACAUUCCUCAAGGUACAGAUGCUACUACAUGGGCAUUUUCGAACAUGAAAAAACCAAGAAAACCUGUAUAAAAAGGGCUCAAGAUCAAAGGUUGUGCUCGGAACUUGAAGUUUUGCAUCUCCUAUUGUCAAACAGGUCUCUAGUCUUUAAAUUCCAUCCAGUUUAUUUUCAAAGUCAAGCAAGAUAAGAGCGAAAGUGAUCUCUGGGGAUACAUUCUUCUGUUUUCUUUUGACUGAAAACCCUUACAGUAUGAAUGAGGUUUUGUCUGCAGUGUGUGGUUUAAAUUUUUUUUUAAAGGGCCUUAAUGAUUAAUUCUACUCCAUUUUCCAUGCUGUGCUAGAGAGACUUGCUUCAUCUCUAAAAAUCUUCAUCUACAACAUGAAGUCCAAAAUGAUCACUUCCUUCAUUGGAGUCUUUUUAUUUCCCCCUCUCUAUUCCCACUUUGGUCAUUAUCUCAUACAACCAGCAAAGAGGGUCAUUUCUCAUCUCAAGCUUCAAGAUAAUUAUCAGCCACAUUCCUCAAGGAACAGACGCUACUACAUGGGCAUUUUCGAACAUGAAAAACCAAGAAAACCUGUAUUGAAAAGGUGUGCUUGGAACUUGAAGUUUUGCAUCUCCUAUUGUCAAAGAGGUUUCUAGACUUUAAAUUCCAUCCAGUUUAUUUUCAAAGUCAAGCAAGAGAAGAGCAAAAGUGAUCUCUGGGGACACAUUCUUCUGUUUUCUUUUGACUGAAAACCCUUUCGGUAUGAAUGAGGUUUUCUCUGCAAAGAAUAAUGUGUGAUUUAAAUUUGUUUUUAAAGGGCCUUAAUGAUUAAUUUUACUCCAUUUUCCAGAAGAAAUUACCCAGCGAUUUCUAUCCUAUCUUCAACCAUAUUCUUAGACUUUUAUUUACAUAACUAUGGAAGAACUCAACAAGAUAUGUUAUCUCGGGGCUGGAGCAAUAACACAGCGGGUAGGGCAUUUGCCUUGCAUGCGGCCAACCCAGGUUCAAUUCCCAGCAUCCCAUAUGGUCUCCUGAGCACUGCCAGGGGUGAUUCCUGAGUGCAGAGCCAGGAGUAACCCCUGUGCAUCGCCAGGUGUGACCCAAAGAGAAAAAAAAAAGACAUGUUAUCUCUGGUUGUUUUGGUAUUAAACACAUUCAAAAGAUGUGAUUACUGCAGUGUUACUGUCAGAU